CCGGACCGGGGGGUACAAAAGCGCCGGCCGCGGACGGCUCCGAUCCCGACUCCGGAGUCAGGACUACCCCAAUCGCGUGCGCGGGACGCUUUCGAAGAGAGAGGCGCGAAAUCCGAGAGCGAGCCGAGUGUGCGAACCCAGUAGAGAGGCUGCUCCUUACCGGUGUCUCCGAGCGAAUAGAAAGCUAGUAGGUAUAGCAAGCGAAAAGAGGGAUACAAUACGGGACAAGAGCAGAACCGCACUUUGUUUCCGACUUCGUCGCGUAGUUAUCAUUGCCGCCUGUUGAGCGGCUCAGCGUGGCAGUAUCCGCGUUAGUAACUGUCCUUUAGAUCGGCAACAGCUGCGAACGAAAGCCGGCCUCUGACUCGAUUUCGGGAAGGAGUGAAGAAAGAAAGAAAGAAGUCAGGGACGAAACGACCAGUGCAGCGACUUCGCCUUGAAGCAUCCCGCUCCUGAGUUUGCCCCUUCGUCCGCUGUUGGAGAAAGACCUGCCUAAAGAGCCAUGCACGUCGGCAACAGCCGCAAGAGCCCGCUCGCCUGGAUCCUGCGCGCGUCGCUGGUGCUCCUGCUGCUGGUGGCGGGCCGCGAGGGCGCCUACCUGACCGCCAAGGAGCAACCUGGCGACGAGGAAGGCCGCGCCGCCGCUGACCUGGGAGAGUUCGCCGGACUGGCGGCGCUGCUGCGCGAGUACCUGGCCGGGAGAAUGCAGGAGCUGCCGCCUUCCAGGACGCACUUCUCCUCGGACUCCACCGCACCACAGCUCAGCGUCGCCAAGAGAGGAGUGAUGAUGGGUGUGGACCUUCCGGACUUCAUCCUGAACCGGAACCAGCCGUCCCUGAAGAACCUGCAGGCUCUUCGGCAGCGCCUGUUCGAGAGCGGCCGGAGGCGGUGAUUCCCAGGAAGAACCGCGUCCAGGAAGCACCCCCGAAAACUCCUCGGACCGCGCCAGCCGCGCCUCUUUUCUCUCCCACGAGACAUGGCCCAUUCCUUCGAAAACCACUUCAUUUGACAAAAACUAUCGACGUGGAUCAGCGAUGAAAUCUUCUUGAUCAAGAUUCUUCAUUGAAAGGGUGCGACCCUGAAGAAGGGAAAGCUUUGAACAUCCAAGAAGAGCUACCUAGUUCUUGGAUUCUAUUUAAAACAAAAAUACGUAGCGUAGGCACGACAAUCGAUGCGAGACGAAAGGGCACACAGCCGUGGUCGCUAAUAAAGAUCGACGACGUAUGUGAUAAGAGGAAACAUAUGAAGAGUACCUUUACGAACAAGAGUAAGCCAGUUUUGUUGCUGAAUAUAGUUGUUAAAUUAUGGUUCGGUUGAAAAGAAAGAAAAAACAAUAGUGUGUUGUGUACUGCAAACUGAGUAUGAAAGUCUGUUUUGUGCGGCUCUUGUAACUAUGUGCUUUGUGUUGCCAAAAAAAAAAUGUUGCGGUGUUGUGUCACGUCAAGCGAAGUCACCGUUGUGUGCAGUGCUGAGUAAAGUCAUUGUUUCGUUCUUGUUUCCAUUGCAUUGUGAAUAAAGCACCAAUUAAACUAGUGUUUCGAAACUGA